CAAGAUCAGACAUCAUCCAUGUCCCACGAACGCUAAACACUAUGGCGGAUAGCCUAGCCGUCAAGCUAGGAUGCAGCUUCGUAUGUUGUCAUAUGGAUGAAGAUCACCCAGUUUGGUUUACAGAGUUAAUAUGAAUCUGUAAAGUCGAUGACAGUUCAAAAAAAAAAAAAAAAAAUAUCUAUAUAAUGUGUAUACUAGUUAUGGUUUAGCUAUAUAAUUUCUUCUAGUAGUAAAUUCUUACAAAAUAAAGAUACGCGAUAUUGAACAAUAUAUACUCGAUUAAAUUCACAUUUUAAACCCAAAUUUCUGUAAAAUGAUGGAGCCUAUUAGCAUUUACAGAAAGUAGAUAAUACGUAUAAACGAUGGUUAAAUUCGAUUGGCAGGUUAAUUCUUAACAACAAAAUAACUUAAAACAUUAAUAAUUUAGAAGUAUGCUAUUUUGAUAGUAUUUAGUAUAAAAAAUAAGUAUAUUUAUAUUUUCUAAAUUUUUUUAAUAUGUUAGAGAAAACUCAUAUUAGCUGUCACAUUUUAUUUAACGUUAAACUGCAUUAAUUAAUAUCUUAUGUUCACUUGAAAAUACGUUUAGUUUGUGUUUUUAAUCUCUUAUAAAUAUGAGACAAAAUUGCAUUCUAAAAUACCAGAUACAAAAAUUUAAUAUAUUAUAUUAAUAACAUUUGCCACUUAUUUCAAAAACAUUGGCACAAUGGCUCACACUUCUUCCCGAACUACUAUCGUAUUUAUUGUUAUUGCUUUGAUUGGUGCGUUCGUUCCUGCAUUCUCUGUUGAAGAAGCUGAAGCAAAAUCACUAUGGGAUACAUGUCUUCUUCAAAUCAGUCCAAAAUGUGCAUUGGAUAUAAUUGGUGUUGUCUUUGAAAAUUUAACCAUCACUGAUGCAUGUUGUCAUGAUCUUGUUCAAGAAGGAAAAAUGUGUCACGAUACUCUUAUCAAAUAUAUUGCUGAGAAGCCGCAUUUAGUUGCCCACGAAACAGAGUAUUUGGAGAAAAGUGAUGAGUUGUGGACUCAUUGUGUCUCAGUUUCGCAAACUACUUAAAAAUAUGUUAUGCUUAUAUUGAUCUGAUUAACAAAUUUUUUAUUUAACUAUCGUUAAAUUUUAUUUGAUCAAAAAUCGUGGAUCAAACAGUAUGCAAUAUAAUGCAACCAUCAAGUGAAUCUCCUUCUAAAUGAAUCAAUACAUAUAUUAACUCAACUGAAAAACAAUGUGCUAACCACACAAGAUUGUUAAACUAAUAACAAGACAUAUAUGAAUAAUUUCAAACAAUAUUGCUUAAUUAGUUUGAUUUAACAUAUCUUUAAUUUUAAAAAUUAAUUUUCAUCUAAGAUAUCAAUCAUUAUGUUUACAUACACUGGAAAUAUCUUGAUAAUUUAAAACAAGCUAAGACAAUAUCUAAUGUUUCACUUUUGAAACCUUUGAGUUUAGUAGUACAUGCUAAUAUAAUGGUUUGAAAAAAAAACUAUUUUGAAUACUCAUGUUGUCGAAGAUUUUGUAAAUACAAUCAUUUAUAAAGAAAACAAUGAGACUGGAUGUAAUCACGAGAAAGAACAAUAUCCGAUGACUAGUAAGUAGAUAAUAACUUAUGCCAAUGAUAUUAGGAUGGAGCGUAUGGAUUUUAAUAUUAGAUCGAUCACAAAAAUUUUGGAAACAAAAUUGUGCACAUUUUUUGUUUCAUUUACUACGAUUUGUAUAUUUGGCUUCAAAAUUUUUAAUAGAUUAUAACCCUUUAAUUUUUCAAAUUAAUUGUUUAACUCAAAUAUUGCUUUUUCGCCAGUUCCAGUUUCAUUUCUAUGAAAUUAUAUCUACAUAAUGUGUAUACUAGUUCUAUUUUAGCUAUAUAAUUUCUUCUAGUAGUAAAUUCUUAUAAAAUAAAGAUACGCGAUAUAGGACAAUAUAUACUCGAUUAAAUUCACAUUUUAAAACCAAAUUUCUGUAAAAUGAUGGAGCCUAUUAGCGUUUACAGAAAGUAGAGACUACGUAUAAACAAUGGUUAAAUUCGAUUGGCAGGUUAUUUCUUAACAACAAAAUAACUUAAAACAUUAAUAAUUUAGAAAUAUGCUAUUUUGAUAGUAUUUAGUUUUAAAAAUAAGUAUAUUUAUAUUUUCUAAAUUUUUUUAAUAUGUCAGAGAAAACUCAUAUUAGCUGUCACAUUUUGUAUAACGUUAAACUGCAUUAAUUAAUAUCUUAUGUUCACUUGAAAAUACGUUUAGUUUGUGUUUGAGUGUUUAAUCUCUUAUAAAUAUGAGACAAAAUUGCAUUCUCAAAUACCAGAUACAAAAAUUUAAUAUAUUAUAUUAAUAACAUUUGCCACUUAUUUCGAAAACAUUGUCACAAUGGCUCACACUUCUUCCCGAACUACUAUCGUAUUCAUUGUUGUUGCUUUGAUUUGUGCGUUCGUUCCUGCAUUCUCUGUUGAAGAAGCUGAAGCAAAAUCACUAUGGGAUACAUGUCUUCUUAAAAUCAGUCCAAAAUGUGCGUUGGAUAUAAUUAGUGUUGUCUUUGAAAAUUUAACCAUCACUGAUGCAUGUUGUCAUGAUCUUGUUCAAGAAGGAAAAAUGUGUCAUGAUACUCUUAUCAAAUAUAUUGCUGAGAAACCGCAUUUAGUUUCCCACGAAACAGAGUAUUUGAAGAAAAGUGAUGAUUUGUGGACUCAUUGUGUCUCAAUUUCGCAAACUGCUUAAAAAUAUGUAUGCUUGUAUUGAUCUGAUUAACAGAAUUUUUAUUUAACUAUCGUUAAAUUUUAUUUGAUAAAAAAUUGUGGAUCAAACUGUAUGCAAUGUAAAGCGACCAUCAAGUGAAUCUCAUUCUAAAUUAAUCAAUACAAAUAUUAACUCAAUUGACAAACAAUGCGCUAACCGUACAAGAUUGUUAAACUAAUAACUAGAAUAUAUGAAUAAUUUCAAACAAUAUUGCUUAAUUAGUUUGAUUUAACUUAUCUUUAAUUUUAAAAAUUAAUUUUCCUCUACGAUUUCAAUCAUUAUUUUUACGUACACUAAAAUUAUCUUGGGUAAUUUAAAACAAAAAGCUAAGAAAAUAUCUAAUGUUUCACCUUUGAAACCUUUGAGUUUAGUAGUACAUGCUAAUAUAAUGGCUUG